UGCUCUCUGCUUCUGGAAGUGAAAGAAAGUUGAGUCUCCUCAGUCACCCGCCGGCGCCGCCUCCUCUCCUCUCUGCUCCGCUGCUGAGGACAGACUCACACAGCGGAAACUUCUGCAAGGGGACACGGGAAGGGCAUCAGAGAGGGGUCUAAACCUGCCAUUGCUGCUGACUGAGCCCCUUGGAAGAUCUGUCCAAGCCUUUUCUACUUCUAUGACGACUUCUCCAGGAUCCAUCACUUGCUCACCGAUUGACACACUGUAGUUGGCUGCUAUGUCUGUCUGAACUCUCAGCUCCUCCUGCAGCCAUGGCCCAACAGAUCGCUAAGCUGUCCCACUGCUAGGGCGACGGGGCAUCCGAGAGGGAAGGAGACAUGUUGGGACAGAGGCCCGGAAACCACUGCACUGAAUUCAGUUACUAUAGCAACUACUGUAGUAACCAUGGAAACGCUACGGAGGACUGGUCUGGUCUGCACUGUCAUAGUCAUCAUGGUUGCCACCGAGGUCGCAGGAGGUCACAGAGAUGAGUUUGCUCAAUCACAAGCUGCCUUCCUGUCCAGUCUAGGCCAGUAUGAGAUUGCCAUCCCAGUACGUGUAGGACCUAAUGGCGAGACGCUGGAUGCAGACACACCUCAAUACCACACCUCAAGAAGACGACGCAGCGCUGAAGACAGGCUGCCUGACUCUCUCUUCUACCAGCUGUCCACGUCACGUAACAACUUCCUGCUGAACCUGACACUGCAGGGAGGCCUGCUGUCCCGGCAGUUCAGGGUGGAAUACUGGAAGAGGGGUCGAUUAGCCUGGAGUCACCCUUAUUCUCCCCACUGCCACUAUAUAGGACACCUCCAAGACCAACCGCACUCCAGCAAAGUUGCCCUGAGCAACUGCAACGGCCUGCAGGGGGUGAUUGUUGCAGGGGGAGAGGAGUACCUGAUUGAACCCCUUGUCUCACCAGAUAACCAGACCAGGACGGAGAGGGGGGAGAGAGCAGAAGGGCGCCCCCAUGUGGUUUACAAGCGGUCAUCGCUCCGCCAUCAGUACAAAGGCCUAUCCUGUGGAGUCAUCGACGAAAAGCCGAUGAAGGGUGCAUCAUGGUGGCAGCGGACGCUGAAGACACCUCCUCAUCAUGUCGGCCGCGGCCAGCUACCUCUGAAGCGCUCAGUUAGCCGGGAGCGGUACGUAGAGACGCUGGUGGUAGCCGACAAAAUGAUGGUGGGUUACCAUGGUCGCAGGGACAUCGAGCAGUACAUCCUGGCCGUCAUGAAUAUUGUUGCCAAACUGUUCCAGGAUUCUAGCCUGGGGAAUGCAGUCAACAUUGUGGUGACACGGCUCAUCCUGCUCAUGGAGGACCAGCCAACACUAGAGAUCAACCACCAUGCAGGGAAGUCUUUAGACAGCUUCUGUAAGUGGCAGAAAACCAUCCAGCACCGGAGCAGCUAUGGGAACGCAAUACCAGACAAUGGGAUCGCUCACCACGACACUGCUGUGCUGAUCACAAGGUACGACAUCUGCAUCCAAAAAAACAAGCCCUGUGAAACCCUAGGUCUGGCUCCUGUAGGAGGGAUGUGUGAGCCAGAGAGGAGCUGCAGCAUCAAUGAGGACAUCGGUCUGGGAACAGCCUUUACUAUUGCCCAUGAGAUAGGACACACGUUUGGGAUGAACCACGAUGGUAUGGGGAACGCCUGUGGCCCCCGCAGCCAGGAGACUGCCAAGCUGAUGGCUGACCACAUUACCAUGAAGACAAACCCGUUCAUCUGGUCCGCCUGUAGCCGGGAUUACAUCACCAGCUUCCUGGACUCAGGUAUGGGCUCCUGUCUGAACAACGUGCCCCCCAAGCAGGAGUUUGUGUAUCCCACCACAGCCCCUGGUCAGGCCUAUGAUGCAGACGAGCAGUGCCGCUUCCAGUAUGGCGUCAGAUCUCGACAGUGUAAAUAUGCGGAAGUCUGCAGUGAACUUUGGUGCAUGAGUAAGAGCAACCGUUGCAUCACCAGUAGCAUUCCCGCUGCAGAGGGAACCAUCUGUCAGACCAACACCAUUGAGAAAGGCUGGUGCUACAAGAGGGUGUGUGUGGCGUAUGGGACUCGUCCAGAGGGCGUGGACGGAGGCUGGGGGUUGUGGUCACCCUGGGAGGAGUGCAGCAGGACGUGUGGAGGUGGAGUCUCCUCUUCUGUCAGACACUGUGACAGCCCCAGGCCAACCAUUGGUGGAAAGUAUUGUCUAGGGGAGAGAAAGCGCUUCAGGUCCUGCAAUAUCGAUGAAUGCCCUCCAGGCUCUCGGGAUUUCAGGGAGAUUCAGUGCUCUGACUUUGACAGCGUUCCUUUCCGGGGAAAAUUUUACACCUGGAAGCCUUACAGAGGGGGUGGGGUGAAGCCCUGUUCUCUUAACUGUCUGGCAGAAGGUUACAACUUCUACACAGAGCGUGCUCCAGCUGUGGUGGAUGGCACACCUUGCCGAGAUGACUCUCUGGAUGUGUGCGUAAAUGGAGAGUGUAAGCACGUAGGCUGUGAUCGCAUCCUCGGCUCAGACGUUCGCGAGGACCGCUGCCGGAUCUGUGGGGGAGACGGGAGCAGCUGCGUGUCUGUGGAGGGACUCUUCAACGACUCCCUGCCUGAAGGAGGUUAUGAAGAAGUGGUCAGAGUUCCCAAAGGAUCAGUGUUCAUCCACAUACAAGAGCUCAACAUCUCCCUCAACUACCUUGUGCUGAAGAGUAAAGGUGACCAGUAUUUUAUCAAUGGGAAGUUGACCAUUGACACGCCACGCAGGUUCGAUAUCGCCGGUACCAUCUUCCACUACAGGCGGCCCACUGACGGACCAGAAACUCUUGAAGCUCUGGGGCCAACAAACAUGACCCUUAUUGUCAUGGUGCUGGUGAGGGAGGAGAACCCAGGGAUCCACUAUCGUUUCAACCCCCCACUCACCAGGGAUCCACUGAGCGGCUUUGCCUGGCACUACACCUCCUGGUCACGCUGCUCAGCUCUCUGCGCUGGAGGUGCACAGAUCCAGCAGGUGGUGUGUAGGAAGCAGUCGGAUCAUUCAGUCGUCUACAACCACUUCUGUGACAAGAAGAGCAAACCAAAAGAGAAGAGGAGAUCCUGCAAUACUGAGCCGUGCUCCCCAACCUGGUGGACAGGAGAGUGGUCGGAGUGCAGUCGCAGCUGUAACGGUGGCCUGCGGACUCGGGAGGUUUUAUGUAAAAGGAGGAUCUCUGUGACAGAGGAGAAAGUCCUUGAUGACUCAGCCUGUUCUCCCCCACGCCCCUCACUCACUGAGCCCUGCAGCAACCACAGCUGCCCCCCUGAAUGGCUGGCCCUGGACUGGUCAGAGUGUACACCCAGUUGUGGUCCUGGCUACAGGCAUCGUGUGGUCUUGUGUAAGAGUGGGGAGAGCGGUGACACGCUGCCAGAGUCCAAGUGCCCCAAGCAUGGCCGGCCCACCUCCAGGGUGCGCUGUAACCUGCAGCGCUGCCCUCCCCCUCAGUGGGUGACGGGUCCCUGGGGGGAGUGUUCUGCCAAGUGUGGUCUGGGUCAGGAGAUGCGUUCAGUUCAGUGUCUGACCCACACUGGCCAGCCCUCUACUGAGUGUCUGGAUCAUCAGAGACCAGCAGCCAUGCAGCAGUGCAAGAGCAAAUGUGACCUCAGUCUGCCCAUCAGUACAGACAACCCUGAAGGCUAUACGUCAGAGGAUCUCUCAUUCCGUUUAAGUAGUAUAAAGGUUGAUAAAGAGUGUAAAGAUGUGAACACUGUGGCCUACUGCCCCCUGGUGCUCAGGUUCAAGUUCUGCAGCCGGCCAUACUUCAGACAAAUGUGCUGCAAGACCUGCCAGGGACACUGACACCAUGAAAACACGCAGCAUCCAUCUUUGGGUCCUGUACACACUCACACACAGUAAGCCUGAAAACCCUCCCACUGAGCCGCGGUAACAGCAGCCCUCACGCUACCUCUGACAGAGGAGUGUGAGAUCUAACCAGGAUGCUGUCAGACUGACACCUGGUUCCGUGACUGGUAAAGAGGGACCUUUUUCCAGCCAGAAUCGAGACCAGACCAGACGCCUCUCUGGGCUGAGCUGGGCCAAAACAGCCUGAGCUGAGAUUAUACAUUCCACUGGAGGGAGGGCUGCUGAAACCUGGAGAGGCAGAGAGAGGGAGAGAGUAACUUUCCUCCAUUGUCUUUUUAGGACGAACCCCCUCUCUCUCUGUCUCUCUUAACUAUCCCUCUGUUGUAAUAUUUUGGUGCUACUUAUAUUUCACUUUGGCCGCAGGACUGGUCGCAGUACUCUGAGUUUGUCUUUGCUUUAGUGGCCUUAAAUUUCUUAAACCUGUAUGUUAACAGGUGAUAUCUGUGUAGUUAUGAGUUAUAAAAAAAUCCACUUUGUAAAGAAAAUGAUUUUUCAGAUAUCUUUGCCCAUGAAAAGGAAUAUCUUAUAUUAUGAAAAGAAAGAUUUGUCUCUAUAUUAUCUGAUAGUUGUUACUUGACCGCGUUGUUGUUUUCUGCUAUUGCUUUGUUCCGUAUCAUCGUAUUCGCAGAGUCCUCGCUGUUAUUCAGCUGAAGUAUGAGCAGAAUUUGAUUUGCACAAAGUGUCAGCAGUCAGAGGACUUGUGUAUGUUAUGUUUGUUUUUGAUGUGAUUUGACUUGAUGUCUCCAUGGAAGCUAUAUUUGUCUUACUGCAGUGAUCCUGCCUUAGUCUUGCCAUUUGGGUUAGUUUGCUUACAUGUUAUCACCUCUGCAGUAAACCAGCACUUCACGCCGCACACUGACUUCAGUAAGGUGAGCAGAGCCCGUGCUCACUUCACUCAAAGACAUUUUCACAUAACAGGAUGUUAAAUUGUGCUGUGGCUCCGGACUGUAGUGUAAAGUCUUCAAAAAGUCAGCACGGGCCUUGCUGUUGAUUUUUUUUUUUUUUUUGGAGGGGGUUUUAUUUUUGCCACAUGUUACCACUCACUCGCCAGUGCUAGUAACUUUUACUGUGAGUGGAAAUUCAGAGCACAGUGAGACGCAGUGAGUGAGCUCCGCCAGCAGGAACAGGCCCAGUGUGGAGGAGUGAAGACCUGUGACCGUGCUGCUUUUCAAAAGAGCGUUUUAUAGCCAGAGUGCUAAUCUGAGGAUGGAUUUACACACACAUAUAAAAUAUCUGAUUUCUUUGUGGCACAGAUCUGGUGCAUUCAUGGCUGUCUGAAACCAUCGUUCAGAUGUCUGAAACCAUUGUUCAGACUGCUCUGAGUAGAUUUCUGCCACACAGUCUUCUAAGUUAGAGCUGCAACAUUAAAACCACCUGCACACAGGACAUCUGAGGGUGUCCUGUGGUGUCUGGGUCCAGGGAGUUGUGGGGUGGGGCCUCUGUGGAUCAGACUUGUUCCAGUGCAUCCUGCAGAUGCUGGAUCAGAUCGGGAUGCAGGGAGUUUGGAGGCUGGGUCAACACCUUGGGUUCUUUGUCGUGUUCCUUGAGACAUUUCUGAGCAGGUUUUGUGGUGUGGUGGGAGAUUCCAUUAGGGAUUGCUGUUGCCAUGUGGGUGUGCUUGGUCUGCAUCAAUAUUUAGGUGGGUGGUAUGUGUCAAAGUAACAUUCAGAUGUUUGUCAGGACUCAACGUUUCCCAGCAGAACAUUGUAUUAAACGAGAUAAUCAAUGAUAUUCACUUCUGUCAGUGGUUUUCAUGUUGUGGCUGAUCAGUGUAUCUCGUUAAAGUUAAACCUAAAAAAACUGAUCUAUUUGUCUCUCAGGUGUUUGGGAACAAAUUGAUAGGGUAAUGUUUGAGUCCACCUCCAGUAUUCACUCACUUUUAGCUCCUUAGGGGAAUAUCUGGCUCCUCAGUCGCUAAAUGCUCCACUAUGUUACAAGCUAGUCGCUAACUGUGUCUAUCUGCUGUUUUGUGCUGAGCAGGUAGCGUAAAGUGGAUUUUUAGAGCAUUUUCUCUGAGAAUACCUGAGAGUGGUGAGAGUGAACCAGACAGUGAAGCUGUGGGCUGGACAGCUGAACAAUGAGCUGAAACUCAGCUCUGUAAAUCAGAGCAGAGCUGAACAUUUAGGUUCCCUGUUGGUCGUGACCCCUGUCGUAUUAUCACAUAGUUCUCACAUUGUCAUUUGAUAUAUUAGUAGUGCACAGCUGUUUGGGGCAGAUGUUCUUCCUCAGUUUACAAACAGGCUUUUUCUGUGUGAAUCCAACUCUGCUUUUUUUCCUUUUGAAGACAGUGAUGUCAUUAUGUGACUAAAAAUGUCACUAUUUGCCUGCUCUCGUGCAGGAAGGAUGUCACCUGACCCAAAGUUGUGAAGUAACAAUUUCAUUGAAGAGUUUUAUUCACACAUUUUUAGAGAUGCAGUUUCAGCUGUUUCUCCAUCCUGCAGACGAUAUCUUUAGAAGUGCUGCCUCAGUCUCAGAUUAGUCAUCAGGUCUGACAGCAUCACUGCAAUAUCCACUGUGCUCUGAAGUCCGCUGUGGCCGGACUCUUCACAAACGUUCACACUGAUCACCGCUGAAAGCAGCUCCACUAAAUGUCACAUGAAUUCAUUGUCAAGAGAGGAAGCUACAGCGUGUCUUUUUGGGGAUUAGCUGCAAUGUUGUUCCUGGUUUUUUCUUGUGGUGCUUUGGUUUGGAUUGGUGCUAUUAGUUCACUGUUGUUGUCUUUGUUUCUGAGUUUUAACAGUUGAAUUGUUUAGAAGUCAGUUUGAGCCUUUUGUAAUGAUACCAAUCUGCAGAGCUGACCUGAGAUGUUAAGACUGCAGCUGCUUCGGGACCCCUCACCCACCAGGGGCCCUCUUUGGGUUUGUCUGCUCAUUUUUUUCAUAAUUUACACUCCCUGACUCAAUUAAAGUGGCUGAAAGUGCUCCUCAAUAAAGCCCACAAAACAGAUUUUGGGAUUAUGAUAUGACAAAUACUUUAUCAUACAAAAGAAUUUCCAAGUUAAGUUAGAAAAACUGUGGGGGCACUAAACCAAAUUUGUGGUUAUCAGAUCAUGUCUAGCUUGGGCCAUCUCUGCUAAUUCAUCCAUGUGGUGCGUAUAAACAAACAUUUUAUGUGUAAUUUAGUACAGUUAAGUCAUAUACAGUCAGAGUGUACAGCCUCCCUGCAAUUAUUCAGGACAGAAAAGGUGGAAAAUACUAUUUAUAACAUUUUCAGUUGCACAUACUGUCGGACAUUCAACGUUUCAGAAGCUGUUUCAAAGAAUAAUUGCCGGAAAUUGUCCUGUUUCAGUGUCUGAAAGGCAUUUUAUUUUCUCUGUGUCUACCUGGGCCUAUAAUAAAGGUUCACACUGAGUAGUGAACCUGUUUUUGUUUGAGUAAAUAAGAGGGACAGUACCGGUAACUUUUGUUUGUUUUUCACAUGCUAAUUGUAACAUGACAUGUACUGUAUGUUGUUCAAUACUAUAGAAGAUGAAUCCACUUGUCCCCCAUGUAUGUCUUUUUAAAAGGAAAUAUUAAAUUGAUUAAACAUGGUGCAUUGUUGAUUUUAAGAAAUGGGGCUUGGUCAUUUGAA